CCUUCCUCUCUUCCCUUCGAGGUAUAAAUAUGGCAGCUUCCACUACUACCAACAACAAUAAAUCCCGCCAACGCACUCGGGUCCCGCAACAUGAAUGGGACAAAGGUCUCGCCGCCGUGGACGUCUCCAAGAGUGAUCUAAACAAGCUCGUCCUGGACUGGCUCAUCAUCGAAGGGUACCGUGACGCCGCUGUCUCGUUCGCAUCAGAGUUGGAACUCGACGCACAAGCUUCUCAGCCUUCGACCUCGAUCUCGGACAACAUAUCCAACCCGGGCAAGAUCGACUUUGACUCGAUCCACGAGAGGAUGUUGAUCCGAGAGUCGAUCGAGGCAGGGCGGAUCGACGAGGCCGUCAGACGGGUCAACGAGCUGGACAGCGAGAUCCUGGACACGAACCCGCCUCUUCUCUUCCACUUGCAUCUGCAACGCUUCAUCGAGCUUAUUCGCCAUGGCAAGGUACCCGAAGCCCUCGAAUUCGCCUCGACCGAACUCGCACCUCGAGGCGCUCAGAAUCCCGAGUUUCUAGGCGACCUGGAAAAGACGAUGGCUCUCUUGGCCUUUCCCGAAUUGGCCGCCCUUUCCUCGGACGAAGACGAACAGGAUCAACCGGCCGAUGGUCCCGACCCGCUCGCUAAACAACCCGCUUGGGCCAGUCUCGGUGGACUGCUUCGACGUGAUCACCGAACCAAAGUCGCUCGCGAGUUGAACGCUGCGAUCCUCGAAUCUCAGGGUCAGGGGCAAGAGACCAAGUUGAGCGGAAUGGUCAGGUUGAUGUGUUGGGGCGAGACACAGCUGAGGGACAAGGGCGUCAAAGUGCCCGGCUUGGACGUGGCGGGCCUUUUGGGCGACGUUUCGACGGCAAAGGUUGGGGCAGCGGACCGUCCCAGCGAGCGAGAGUCGGAUGAGAUGCAGGUCGGUUGACGGAGCGGUUUAUGGUUUGUUACGACUUUUCCUUUUUCCUACGGGUUUUGUCUCUGUCUGUAUCUUCUGUCCUUGACGUCCAUCACAUGUAGCUUUCCUCUGAACCUCUGACGAAACAUUAUACGAAUCGAUACCCCGUUUA